GAAUUGAGUUGUUAUCUGGAAGAACAUAACAACGGCCAUUAUCAGUUAAAUAGAAUCGUUUAGCUAACUAAAUAGAUGCUAAACGUUAGCAUGUAGCUAGCUAGCAAACUUUUGCUACGGUUAUGAUAAUAUCAUGUUUUGUGUGUGUCUGUCUGCCUGUCUCUUUUUCCAUGCUAGCUGCAGAGACAAGACUGUCACCUGACUUGUUAUUCAAUUACAGAGUUGCCAAGAGACUGAUCAUCAUCAUGGGCAAGAGUUGUAAAGUGGUGGUGUGUGGUCUGGCUGCCGUUGGCAAGACUGCUGUCCUGGAGCAACUGCUGUAUGCCAAUCAUAUUGCGGGCUCAGAGCCCAUGGAGACCCUGGAGGAUAUCUAUAUUGGCUCCAUAGAAACGGACCGUGGCACUCGAGAGCAAGUGCGCUUCUAUGACACCCGGGGUCUUCGUGAUGGUCUGGAGUUCCCUCGCCACUACUUCUCCUUUGCAGACGGUUUUGUCCUGGUCUACAGCAUCGACAGUAAGGAGUCCUUCAAACGCAUGGAGGCCCUCAAGAAAGACAUUGACCGCUUCCGUGAUAAGAAAGAGGUGACCAUAGUGGUGCUGGGCAACAAGCUGGACAUGCAGGAGCAGAGAAACGUGGACUCUGAGGUGGCCCAGCACUGGGCCAAGACAGAAAAGGUGCGUCUGUGGGAGGUGUCUGUGGCAGACCGGAGGACCCUCAUCGAGCCUUUUGUCCACCUGGCCAGCAAGAUGACCCAGCCCCAGAGCAAAUCAUCCUUCCCCCUCAGCCGCAAUAAGAACAAGGGGAGUGGAUCUGUCGAUAGCUGAGGGAGAAGGGGGUUGGUCGCGGGAGGCAGCGAGGGUUGAUGAAGAAUGGGAAAGAUUUCAGGAGACAGGGAGUGAAAGAGUAGGAGAGGAGAAACACAGUAGGCCGAUUAUUAGCCUAUUACAAAUACAGGCAAUUUUAGGUCUGAACGAAUGCACACCGACUGAAUCAGAAACCAAUGGUUUCAUGGAGAUUGUGACUGAUAUUUAGACUCAUAUUUGACCAUUUAGGCUGAUCUUUGAUGACAAGUAAAUGUCAAAAGUAACACAAAUGGAUAAUCAAGAGGGUUGUUGGUAUCAUGGAGGAUACAUAAGGGAUUAUAUUACUGAUAGUUAAUCAGGAGAUUUGUUACACUACUGGCAUGCCAUCUACUCAGAUGAAAUAUGGCAACUAUUUUAGCAUGGAUGAUCUGCAUUUUAUUUUAAGUUACAGUACAUGAAACAAAUCCAUAUUUUGGAGAAUUAAAAAAACAUUCCUCUAUUCUUUUAGAGAUGUCAGAAAACAUGUUACUUCCUUUUGAGAUCGCUUUGAGUUUUAAAAUGACAUUAUUGUCUAAAGAUUUAAAUUGUUGUGACAGAGUAGCAGUCUUAUGUGAUGUCCCUUGGUGAGCAGGGUGUUUGAUGAGCUUCCUGCCUGCUGGACAGGCCCUGAUGUUGCGACUGAAAGAAAGAGGCUUGCCCUGACUGUUAUAUCUAUGGAGCUCUUGACCACAGCCUAAGCACGCUGAAUUAUCUGUACUUUAUCAGGAACUCCUUACUCUCCUUGAAAACCAUGGGGCGUCCUUGAUCUUUGUUACUGAGCUGUUAAACACUAUGUUGGUCAGACGAAAUGCAAAUGUAUUUCAUUUUCAAAUUGUUUGUCUGACCAAAGCCCUUUAAUGCCGUAUCAGGGUCCAUAAUUAUUGUGCAACAUUUCAUGUGUGUGUCGCUGAACAAGAAAGAUGCCGUGGCCUAGUUUGGAUGUAGUUUUUUGCUUUGUGACUAUUCACAGAUCUUUAUAUUUGUAUUAUGUUUUUGACGUUGUGAAUUUGCAUCUUUAUGUCUGUAAAAUUGAAGUGCAUAUUAUUUUCAUUUUUAUUGGGGCAUUUAUACUGAUAGAGCACAGUAUUCAUCUUUUAAAAUGUUCUGGAGACUGGAUAAUCUUUUGCAUGCUGUGUAAACAAAUUAAAAGAUUCCCUCUGCAUCUAAGUUGAGGCUGUUGUGUAUAUCUUUUAUUUGCAUGAUUUAUGAAGUAAUUAAACAUAAUACAAACA